AGAAAGCCAAACAAAAGAUUACAGAUGGUGCUGUAGUAUUAACAAGCAGCCAAUCAGAAGGAUGCAGAUGGCGCUACAGUAUUUAGAAGCGGCCAAUCAGAAGGUUGAAGAUGGCGCUGAUUAGUACAUCUACUUUAUACGAAAUUACUUCAUACGAAAUAUAGUGUCAAAAAUGGAUUAAUGUCUUUUACGAUUAUCUUUGAAAAGGUUAGGUAACAGAGAUUAUGUGAAUAAUCUCGGAAAAUUAUAGUUUGAUAAAUAUACUAAUUCUACAAUGGUUAAUGAAGAUAAAAGGAUCGAUCUCUUUCGAGAUACUCCUAUAAGAUAUUUAGGUUAUGCUAAUGAAGUGGGAGAGGCCUUUCGGCACAGGGUUCCAAGAUCUGUCGUACAGUUAACUUAUGUUAUUUCUACCGGUUAUGUCUUAGGUGAUGUGAUAGAUAAAGGUUAUCGUGUAUCUCAGAAUGAUCGGACACCGUUCAGGGUAAAGCAUGUUGUAUUAGCCAUUGCAGACACUUUACUAUGGCAGUCGUUUGCAUCCGUCAUAAUCCCAGGUUUUACUAUCAACAGAGUUUGUGUGGUAAUACAAUAUGCUCAAAAAAAAACAACGAACUUAGCUUUAAAGAAUCAUUGGAUACCAACCAUCAUUGGUUUAUUAUCUAUACCACUUCUAGUCCGACCUAUAGAUUAUGUUGUAGAAGAAACAAUGAAUGCUACUUAUAGAAAAUGGUUCAAUUAUUAUCCCAAAUCCAGCAAUGACGAAACUGAAGAUGAUGAAUGAAAAAAAAGAAAGGAAAAAGGGAAAGCUGUGAUUUAAUAUAAGUGCACUUUAUUCGAAUACAAUAAUUGAUCUAUAUCUUAUCGCUUUUUGCUUAAGAUAAAUAUAGCUAAGUAAAUACAUUUAUAAAUUAUUGUUAUAUUGAAUCAAUGAAAUUUGAUUCGAAUAUAUUUAAUAUUUAUUAUUAUUUAUAUCUUUAUCAGAGUUUUAUGCUCUUAACGCACAAUAAAAUGUAUUGAACAUUUUAA